CGUCAUAGCAACUCUUUGUAGCCUCCCGUAAUCGUCGUCUUGGGCCGGCUGCGGCUCUGUCCUCGGGGCCUCAUCUCCUGUCUUGCCUGGCUCUGCCUGGCUCCGUCCUGUCCCAUACUGUCGGCCCCUUACUGUCUUGUGCUUGUUGUCAAUUCGAGAAGCCGCGAUCGCCAGUAGUGAUAUAACGUCCUUGCAACUCGCCAGUCAGCGUUGCAGAUGUCCAGUCAAUCACGACCCGCCUUUUCUGGCUGUUCCGUCUUCCAGUUUCCAUCCCCGUGCAAGCCUAUGCCACCGCAAUGUUCGGCCGUUCAAACAGACCUUCCCUGGGCCAAUAUGAUUUCACCAUGCUCGAUCCCGUUCUAAAUGAGCCACCUACCCGAUCGAGAGCGAAUUCGAGAUAUCGUGAAGCCCAGCCCGCCCUCCGCAAUCUUCAGCUCCUCCAAGGAGAUUCGAGUAGUUCCGAAGACGACAUCAUUUCGAAACCGAAACCAUUGAGCAAACACUCACGGUCAAUGAGCCAUCCAUUCCCCUCUUUAUUCUCUAGCAAGAAGAAAAAGAAUGCAGCGGCCGACAGCGAGCACGGCUAUGUCGAUGAUGUUGGUGACCGUGAUUUUCACUCCAAAGUAUAUUCGAACUCGUCUCAAACCACCAACACCAGCAGGAUAGCCACUGGGCCCGCCGAACUCGCCACAGGGAACUGUAUGACAUGUGCUGGCCUUGUACGGUGGCCCAAGGAUCUUCAAGUCUUCAGAUGCACUAAAUGCUUGACGAUAAACGACCUCAAGGUCUUUGCUCCCACUCCGCGUCCUACUAUUCGAGCAGUCUCUCGUCCCGCUUCCAGAGUGCAAUCAACUGCAGCCUCUCCGCUGGCGGCACCCAUGAACACACCGAGUCUUAUUUCUAUCGAGCAUACCAAAAGCCUAAUCAGGACUUGUUUGCAUUCUGCUUUGCAGCAAUGGGGGUCAACAAAUUCUGGUCAACAACCGAAUAUUGCGGAGGACUAUUUCACUCUUCAAGACUUUUCGAAUAAGCCUGACAGCUCGCCCUCUUCAGUCAACACACCGCCGACAUCUCGUUUUAAUGCAACCUUGGAUGAUUUUUCAAAUCUAGACUUGGAGCCAAAUCCCUUGAAAUCUGGUUCGCAUCACCCAAGGUCUUAUUCGACGUCGUACCCUGAAGCUACGACUUCUUCGCGUGUUCCAACAUUACAACCCGGGGAGAACAGUUCCUACACGAGCCCAAAGAAGUCUAUUCUUGAUGCUAAAGGGAUGUUCAAGAAAGUGGAAGACUAUCUCGUUCUGUGUUUUGGGACAAACUCAACAUGUGUAAACAAUUCGUUUAUUCCUCGGCGAGUUAGUGUCAGUGGCAAGCCACUCCCUGACAUUGUGAGACGACCGCCUGUGGAGACUAGAAGAGAGGUAACCUGCGAAGAUGCGCCAAUAUCCGAGCUCGACCCAAAACUACUGCUACUUGGCGAUUUCGCCGAGAACGGUUCAUGGUGGACUGGUGGACAAGAGGAGGUCAAUGUUUCAAGAACAUCAUCUCGGCGUUACGAGGAUAAAACCUCAAUCGUCACCUCUAGAACACCCCGGAUUGACUGGGGUGCAGUGAUGGAAUGGUAUCAUAUUGUGAACAAUUCUGCGGAGACAUGGACGCAGGUCUACGAAGAGCUACUCCAAGCUGAGGCAAUGCAGAAGCUAGACGAAGCAGAAUCGCAGCAAUUCGAGCAGCUAGCUCUCCAAGCCCAGGAACAUAUACAGAGGUCCCUUUUCAAAUGUACUGAGAUGCUCUUAAAGAGACCUGGGCGCUUGAUGGCUGAGCCUCAGGAUGUACGUUUCUUGUUGGUCCUACUCGCGAAUCCUCUGCUUGCCCCUGGAUCUCAGUCGUAUGCAGGACACCUUCCGCAAUCAAACAAAGGGAAACACCAGGCCAAUGCGGCUGAUGCAGAAGAGCGACCAUCUAUUGGACGACAUUCAGGAAUUCUCAAAAGGGCGUUCGGUCUUUUAGCCAAUUCAUCUGAAGCUUGCCAUCACCAUCUGAUAACCUGGCUGUCGAGACUUCCUGAACAUAUACUACUCCAGAUGAAAGACCUGGCCAGCACAUUCGUGACGCACAGGCUGACUCGACAGAACGAGAAAACGGUAGAGCCACGGGUUGAUUUUACGGAUGGCUUGAUCCCACGGAUGCCAAAUGCACGCGCUAGCAACACUCCAGCUACACUACAUGCGGCUCUAGAAGCUUCCAAAUCACCAAGAAAGCAGAAACAGCCUGCUGAACCAAAUCGUACGACAUACACCGAUGAUUGGCAGAUUAAAGUGGCUGCUAGGUUUAUGGCUCUCAUCUUUGCGGCAAAUCGUUACACCUACGUCCGGCGGCAUCACCCAAGUGACGGACGAAUGUAUGGGCCUCUAUUCUUGACAAGCGAUUUCUACAAUACAUUGGUCGAUACCAUUGAUUUCAAGUCUGAUUUUGAGCUUUGGGAAUCGAAAAGGGGCAAGUUUACGUUUUGCCAGUAUCCAUUCUUCCUCAGCAUCUGGGCGAAGAUUCAGAUCCUGGAAUUCGAUGCCAAACGCCAGAUGGCGGGGAAAGCAAGGGAAGCAUUUUUCGAUAGCAUCUUGACGCAUAAGAACUACACACAGCAUCUCCAGUUCAAUGUGCGCCGAGAGUGUCUAGUGGACGACAGCCUUCAGCAAGUAAGCGAGGUUGUUGGAAGUGGCAGCGAGGACAUCAAGAAAGCUUUGCGUAUCGAAUUUCGGGGAGAAGAAGGCGUAGAUGGCGGUGGGCUUCGAAAGGAAUGGUUCCUUCUUCUCGUGCGGGAAGUCUUCAACCCAGAUCACGGUCUCUUCGUUUACGACGAGGAUUCGCAGUUUUGCUAUUUCAACCCUCACACAUUUGAAACGUCCGAUCAAUACUUUCUAGUUGGCGUUGUUUUAGGGCUCGCCAUUUAUAAUUCCACAAUCCUAGAUGUUGCGUUCCCUCCAUUUGCUUUUCGUAAACUGCUCGCAGCUGCUCCCGCUCCAGCAGCUGGCGCACCUGGCCACUCAAGGCCAAUCAUGAAUUAUACCCUGGACGACCUAGCCGAGUUUCGACCCGCUCUCGCGAGGGGUCUACGCCAGUUGCUCAAUUUUGACGGCGACGUACAAUCAACGUUUUGCCUAGACUUUGUGGUAGACGUUGAACGAUACGGGACACGUGUUCGUGUACCUCUAUGUCCAGGCGGGGAGGCAAAGAUGGUGACAAACACCAACCGUAAGGAAUACGUCGACCUCUAUGUCAGAUACCUGCUUGAUACCUCUGUCGCUCGCCAAUUCGAGCCCUUCAAAAGAGGCUUCUUCACGGUGUGUGCCGGCAACGCUUUGACGUUGUUCAAACCCGAAGAGAUUGAAUUACUGGUGCGAGGUUCGGAUGAGCCUCUUGAUAUAGCAUCUCUAAAAGCUGUCGCGGCCUACACCAACUGGCCCAGAGGAAGUAGUCCAAAAACUGAGCCUACUAUUCUCUGGUUUUGGGAGGCGUUCGAAAAUGCACUGCCCAAAGACCAGCGUAGGCUUUUAUCUUUCAUCACUGGUAGUGAUCGAAUUCCUGCCAUGGGCGCGACAUCCUUGGUUAUCAAAAUCAAUUGCCUGGGCAACGAUGAAGGAAGGUUCCCCUCAGCCAGGACCUGUUUUAAUAUCCUAUCACUAUACCGCUACCGCUCGCAGGAGAGGCUAGAGAACUGUCUCUGGCGGGCGGUGAAUGAGAGUGAAGGAUUUGGGCUGAAAUAAUGAUCAUGAUAAUGACGUGUGGGAACACAAACCAAUUUAAGCAGGCAUCGCAUGGCGUUUUGGAAGGCCUUGAAGGAUUAUUAUACCAAAGACAGUCUCAUGUUACAUAAUCAAAACAAAUCUCCGAAAUGGAGCUUCGGAGGUAUCUAGAAUAUAUUAAUCUUACCGCGACAAGAUGUAACGGGUGCUGGUCUCCAUGGUGCCCCCGUCGAGAUUCGCGGAUUUAUGACAGUAAAUAACAUGUGUCCAAGGGGCAAUAAUCGUUGCGGGCAAUUGCUUCACAUAGGAAUCGAGGAUGAAUUACAACAUACUAUCACUGAACGUCAGCGAUAUCAUGGUCAUGGCUAUGGGUUGGAACAGCAGGGUGGCAAGCCCUGACUAUGCACAAAGACUCUUAGGGGCUGUGGUAAUCAUUUCCU